AUUUAUCUCGCACCUACUCUGCACCUGUCAAAAAUAAUGCGGACAUGCCCCUUCAUUCAUGCACGCACUACACGUGUCCUACAGAAGCGCACAGACGGCAUUCGUAAGUCAGCUAGCCAAGGGAAAGAACUAAACAAGUUGAUAUUGAGAAAAUAG